AUGAGUGCAGAAAUAUUCUCCAACAUUUGCAAUGGCCCCUUCAAGCGUUUCCUUCUGCUAUCCAAAAUAAUAGGUCAAGAUGUACAGAAUCAGAGCGAAAUAGCCUUUAUGGCAUUCCAAGCGGAACAGCGCUACAUCGAAUACCUGGAGAACUUCAAAAAACCACCGUCAGCAAACGUUCUUCUGAAUCCUAUAAUCCACCAGAUCGACAAGAUCAAGAUGUAUGUGUGCAACGAUCCAAGCCUUGGGGACCACACCAAUGUUGUGGCUCAAUCCGUUAAGGCUCUUCUAUGGCUACAACAGAAAGAUCCUGUGGCAUACCUUGAGGAGGUUUUGGCCGACGCUAAAACUUAUACCGAUAUCCUGCUGGUGUUCUUCAAGGACAAAGAGCUACACGUAGAAUGGGUAGAGGCUUGGCUGGAAACCCUCAACGAUUUGAAUAACUUUGUAAGAAGAAGAUACCCGAAGGGUAUCAACUGGAAAGAUGGUCACAACACAGCAGACUCGCACCACCUCCAGCAUUUGACAGAAUCCGAGAUACUGAACAACGAAAACCUUUUCAAGGAAAUAGAUAAGGGACAAAGCAUCCAAGAGGCCUUGAGGAAGUUGAAUUCUCAAGACGAAGUUGAAGAAACUUCAGAAAUAGGACCUUCCAAUGCUGUUUUCCUCCAAGAAGGAAAAAGAUGGAAAAUUGAACACCAACGAGGUGCAACCAAACAUCUUACAAUAAACGAAGCUGAACCAGACAAUGUCGUUUACAUCUACGAUUGUAAGAAUAUCACGGUUGUGGUGGAACGAAAAGUUAACGUUAUAAAAUUGGACAGCUGUGAGAAGAUCAGUCUAAUCUUUCGUUCCCUCAUUUCUGGGAUAGAAAUAAUCGGAUGUAAAGAUUUGAAACUUCACGCUUUCGGGACCUUACCAAGCAUAAAUUUAGAUUCAUCUAGCGAGGUUAACAUUCACUUGACUAAAAAAGGUUUGGAUGCACAGGUGAUGACAUCACAGUGUUCCAAGAUAUCCCUGAGUUAUCCGAUGGACGAUGGUUAUUACAAAACCUUUUAUAUUCCAAACAGGUUGAUGACAACUGUAAACACAGAUUAUAGUCUUAAAACUAUGGCCGUUCUUGAUGAAUAA